AAUUCCUUUCUGCAGUUUGAAACUGUCAGGUUGCUGCUAAGGAAGCCCUUGUACUGGCUGUGGCUUUAGCGGUGACGCGGAGAGCAGACGAGGACGCAGAAGUUUGGGUUCGUGCAGAGCCGCGACGGUGGGCAGCUGCGCCCCCGGUCGACCCCGCACCCCUGGCGGAGGCAGUGGAGUGGGAUUUAAAGUUCCUUGGCCCGGAUUUUCGCUCUCGAGGCUCGUACAGGACGGGGCUGGGAGCAUCUUCCCCCGGACGCGGGCCUUCCUGCAGUUCUGCGGGGCAGCAAGGUCGAGAGCUUUUCCUCUCCGAAGCGUCGAGAAGAGAGGACAGGAGGAAGGAGUGCCUGGAGUAUAGCAAUUAAGGUCGCCAUAGGCUCUGGUCAUUUAAAACCCUCACCCCACCCCCACUCCUAUACCUAACUGAUCAGCAGACACAUCCUAAAAGAAGAAAUGAAUGAAAACAAAUGGACCAAGUUACCACAGUGGUGGAUUUGAAGUCCCAAGAAACAGCCAUUCCUUGCUGAGAUCAUUUCCCAUUGGCUGACAAUUCCUCAAACUGUAUCUCCAACUAAAGUUUCAGUGCAGGGCUCCCACACUGCUUAACUCCAAGAAGCACCAUUCACAUCACAUCCAUGGUUAGUGGCAGUCUGUGGAGUGGUACACAGCAUAAUGGGUGCGGCCGUAUACUGCACACCUGCAGCUUCACCUCAGUGCCUCAUAGGUGCCUAGCACCCAAAACAUCUGAUAUUGAACCCACUGUUCUUCCUCCCAACUUGUUCAUCAUCCUACAUUUUUUGCCUUGUAUUUGCGCAGCAUGUCAUCAGACGAGGAGAAGUGCUCACUUCCAGUGACGCAGAACGACUCCAACCGAGGCAGCUCGGUCUCUUCAGACCUGCAGGAAGAGUAUGAAGAACUGCUUCGUUAUGCUAUAGUGACUCCGAAUAUUGAAUCACGUGCUUCACAGCCAUCUCAUUCUAAGGGAGAAGUGAUGACAGAUGUUAGAUUUCCUACUAUAAUUGAUGAUAUUCUUCAUAAUCCAGUAGGAAAUAGCCCUGCAGAGAGAGAAGCAAGGAUGGAAGUUGGAAAAGGACGUGAUGUAAAUAUUAUAAAUCAUCCAAGGACAGAAGGGUCAUCACCAGUAUCAUCACCAAGGAAGUCCUCUCACCCAGUCAUAGAUUUUUUCGGUUCGAAUCUUUUAGGCGACUCUUCCACAGCAGGGUCUAAUUCUAGUCCUGCAGGUGUUCAUGAACUAGCGGUGGGUGACCUUCUUGUUUCUGAGGAAAACCUUCAAAAGGUGGAAAGUGUACUGGAUCUUUGGAGUUCGGGCCUUAAGACAAACGUCAUAUCUGAGCUGACGAAAUGGAGACUAAAUUUUAUUGACUGGCAUCGUAUAGAAAUGAAAAAAGAGAAAGAGAAACAUGCGGCACAUUUAAAACAACUAUGCAGCCAGAUCAACAGCUUGAAGGAGCUGCAAAAAGCCUAUGAAAUCUCUAUUGGGAGAAAAGAUGAGGUGAUUUCCAGCUUGUCUCAUGCCAUAGGCAAGCAAAAGGAAAGGAUAGAGUUGAUGAGAACAUUCUUCUACUGGAGAAUUGGCCAUGUCAAAUCCAGACAAGAUGUUUAUGAAGGUAAACUAGCUGACCAGCACUUCCAAAGAACUUUGCUGAAGAAAGUCUGGAGAGCCUGGCGUUCCACAGUGCAGAAGAAGUGGAAAGACGUGGUGGAGCGAGCUUGUCAAGCAAGAGCUGAAGAAGUUUGUGUACAGAUUUCCAAUGAUUAUGAAGCCAAAGUUGCUAUGUUAUCUGGAGCUUUGGAAAAUGCAAAAGCUGAAAUCCAAAGAAUGCAGCAUGAAAAAGAGCAGUUUGAAGAUUCCAUGAAGAAAGCUUUCAUGCGGGGUGUUUGUGCAUUAAAUCUUGAAGCCAUGACAAUAUUUCAAAACAGAAAUGAUACAGGGAUAGACUUCACAAAUAAUAAAAAGGAAGAAUAUGGUCCCAGUGUUCAAGGAAAAGAGCAUCCUGUUCAUUUGGAUUCUUCGGUACCCUCAGCAGUUGCACCAGCACCAUCCUCAUCAGCAGCCACCGUGGGAGUGACCAGCACUGCUGCAUUUCCCUCUGUGGCUUCCAUCACUUCCACCGGGGCUGCUUCCGCUUCCUACACCCACCUUCCUGUUUCUGCUCCUCUCGGUGCUGGACCUACAGCUCCUGCUGCACCGGAAGAAAUGCACGUACCCAGAGUUGUGACAUCUGCACAGCAGAAAGCUGGAAGGACAAUUACGGCCCGCAUCACGGGGAGAUGUGACUUCGCUUCAAAACACAGAAUUAGCAGCAGUUUAGCUAUAAUGGGAGUUUCUCCUCCCAUGAGCUCAGUUGUUGUGGAAAAACAUCAUCCAGUCACGGUGCAAACCAUUCCUCAAGCUGCUGCAGCAAAAUAUCCCCGGACUAUUCAUCCUGAAAGUACUACUUUGGCUUCCAGAUCUCUCGGAACCAGAUCAACUCAUACUCAGUCUCUCGCAAGCGUUCAUUCCAUCAAAGUGGUUGACUAAAAUGAAUAUGCUCAUAUUAGGAUCUUUUAAGUCCUCUGGUUUUAUCAAGGAUUGGAAGUCGUUAGUUUUACAUUUUUCCAUCGUGGAUACAUGAUGCUCAUCUUUUCAAAAUCACAAGAGACUUUUUCAAGCCACACCAUCAUUUGUAACAUAUGUAGGAUUAUUUUAAUGUUAUUUUUUAAUUUAAGCAAUUAAGUAAAACAUUUUUAAAUUAAAAAGAAAUUGGACUAUAUUUUUUAAUAGAUUCAGCCUGUGGCUGAUUAUAUCAUCAAAGUAUAUAAAUUCUAUUCUCUAUAUACUAUUCCAAAAUUAAUCAUUUCCCGUGUUACCAAGUAAACUUUUCAAAAGUGUACUUUAAAAAUUAUUAAAACUAUUAGAAACUAAGGUAUUUUUAUCUUUAAGUGAAAAAGAUAAAGACUAAGAGUAAUAUUUUCAUCACAAAUUUUUUUGUGACUGUAGUAUAUUUAUCUUCAUUUCCUAGUACUUUAGUAAUUAAAAGUAGGGGGAAAUAGCAAUACCUAUGAAUAAUUUUUCAUGUUAAAAGGGGGAAAUUUACUAGCACAAAAAUGGUUACAGAAACAUCAGAAGAAAAUUUCCUUUUAGAGUCAACCUAUUUCUGAUAUUCCUCCUCGCCUCUUUUGAAACUGUAGUUUUGAACUCAUAUUGUGUUCUCUGAACAUCCACAGCAUCCUGUGGUAGUGUAGCCCUGGGCAACGCAGCAAACCUUCCAAGCCUGGUAGAGACUUUUCACUGGUUGGCCACUAGAAGGAAACCACCAGGGCGAAACUGAGCCAUAGCAGGACCAGGCUUCUAAUGGUUUGACUGCUGGCUGCCUGGGCCGAAGUACUUAGGGGUUACCUAAAAACAAGUCGAGUCUGGAGGAUCUGUCUAGGACCUCAAUUUUCAUAUUUUUAACAGAAAUAGAUAUAUUUAAUAAUCUAAAGCCUCUUCCAUUUUGAAUAUGACCUAGCUGUAUGCUCUAAUAGUACUACAGGGAACAGUUUUUUCUUACUGCCUUACAUUGUCAACAGGACAUCAGAGAAUAUGUGAGAUAGGCAAAUGUCUCAUUUUUUAAAGGGGCAAACAAAGGCUUUUGUGAAUUAUUAGGAGUACCUGGCCAUGUCUUAAAGAGUGUUAGAUCCUUCCCACACAACACUUGUCCUGGGUUCUGGCCAAGCUACUCCUGAGGCUAACAGCUCACGGAUAAGCACAAACUAACAGCACCUCCUCUGCUGCCUAGGCAAGGGGCAUACUCCUCCCCAGGGCUUCCCCCACUCUCAGUCCAGUCAUCAGAGAUGCGUGGGCUCUGUGUUGUGGUAAACAGGUCAGUUCCUCCUCUCCCCGCUGUGUGAACUGCCCUGAGAUGCACAGCCAUCCCGUCUCUCAUCUCUUGGAAGAGAGUGCCCUCCAGAGCAAAUCAGUUGUACUUGAUACCCAGUGGCAGCCAAUUUAGUAAUUCACCCUGGUCUUGGCUCUCCCUCCUUCCCCAUAUCACCCCUUUUCCUUCUCUCCUGUUUCCUUGGAUUUGCACUCCUGAAAAAGGCAGUGGCACACAAACUUGGGCUUCAGGCUUUGCUUUUUGAAGAAUCUAGAUUACAAUUAGGAGUGGUUUUCAGUAUGCAAGCCAUAACCCUGUGGACAAACUGAAGGCCAUUUUAUGAACACUAAUUAAGAAUAUUAUAAGUAUCUUUUUAAACUUUACCUGAGUUCUGAAAACUAUAUAUUGUCUAAAGCAUCAAGUAAUUAGUGUUAGCCUACGUUAACUUAAAUUUAAUGAUUAAAACACUUUGUACAAUAA